GCAAAAGAAAGUUACAGCAGCCCCAUUUGACAGAGGAAGCAAGCUUUGCCAAAAUUUCAGGACAGAUCUUGGUACAACAUGAACGGUUAUGUGUGCAAUUUUCUUCCCAGCUCUCUCUUAAAGGAGAAAGAUGGCUCAUGUCACGCUUUGUACAUGCUUGGAGCAAGGAAGCCCAGGGUGCAUUGUAAUGCCGUAAUGACUGUUAUUUAUCACAGAUCUGCCAUGUGUUUCUUCCCUCUGACUAAUGAAUGACCUUUCCGUUCCUCCAACAAGACCUGCAUAGGUCUUGUUUGAGGCAGAUAUAGAGUGAUGGCUAUUUGUCAUGCUUCACUUAUAUUAAUCACUGACUCAAACAGCCCCACUGGGGGAAAUAUCUUGACCUUGCGUUAUGAUCCUCACUAUAGUUUGCGCACACAUAGAAUCAAUGCUUUUAUGGGUUACCAUUGGAGAAAUCCUGCCUUUGGCUCCCCACUGCCAUAAUUUGAAGUUAAUUUUGCAGAAUCAGAGCAAAUUUAUCAAACAGGGACUUGGAAAUGCCUGGCUCGAUUGGUUGAAUCUUUGAAUGAUUCUUUGAGAAGCCAUUUAAAUAGAGAAAUAUGACAGAAUGCACAAAUGAAAUAACAGUACUCUUUAAAACAGAGGUUAUCAGCUGGUUUUCAGACACGGAAAUGGUUAACAAGGGUUUACUGAAAGCUGAGAUUGAAAAAAAGGAGCUUAAAGCUGCCAAUGAGGAAGUGAUUGACUAAACGCGCCGGUUAAGUGAAUAUGAACAAAACUGAACUCCACAUUAAAUUCCAUGUAGAAGACACGGCUUGUAAGCCCUAUGCAGUUAAUGAUUUCUUAUUCAGAGGUGGUUGCAGGUGUGAUCCUCCAAACCACCUGACAGAUUAGCAGUGUGUCUCUCACCAGCUCCUUUGAAAUGAAAUUAGAAAAAAUCCUUAAGUUCUCCUUCAUGUGUGCUUGCUAGCAACUUGCUCUUUUGUCUUUUUUGAGAAAAGAAACACAGCCUUAAUCAGCCAGGGCUCCACAACACUGCCGAUCAUUCCUGAAGGAAUUGCUGACCUCUCUCCAUCUCUCCUUUUCUCCUGCACCUGCUGUAAAAUAAGUGGAGAAUGCAAAGUGUGGUCUUCAUGCACCACGGGAUGUGGGCAUAUGGUCCUGAGCACUGGGUUACUUCCAAUGCGGAUUGUGGGAGAACUCACCAGUCUCCAAUCGAUAUCAUCGAUCACCAGGCACACGUUGGGGCAGAAUAUCAGGAAAUACGCCUGGUUGGCUUCGAUAAUGAAUCUUCUAACAAGACGUGGAUGAAAAAUACUGGGAAAACUGUUGCCAUCCUUCUAAAGGAUGAUUAUUUCAUCAGUGGUGCUGGAUUGCCAGGAAGAUUCAAAGCAGAAAAAGUUGAAUUUCACUGGGGCCAGAGUAAUGGAUCUGCUGGCUCAGAGCAUAGCAUCAAUGGGAGAAGAUUCCCAGUUGAGAUGCAGAUUUAUUUCUACAAUCCCGAUGACUUUGACAGCUUCGGGACAGCCAUCCAAGAAAAAAGGAUCAUAGGAACCAUGGCUGUGUUUUUUCAGGUCAGUCAGAGGGACAAUCCAGCACUUGAACCUAUUAUCCAUGGGCUGAAGGGGGUCGUACAUCAUGAGAAAGAGACCUUCUUGGACCCUUUUGUGUUAAGGGAUCUCCUGCCAGCUUCUUUGGGAAGUUACUAUCGGUAUACAGGGUCACUGACUACACCUCCGUGUAGCGAAAUUGUGGAAUGGAUUGUUUUCCGAAUGCCUGUCCCCAUCUCUUAUCGGCAGUUGGAAGCCUUCUAUUCCAUAUUUACCACGGAACAGCAAGAUCAUGUCAAAUCUGUGGAAUACCUACGGAAUAACUUCCGGCCUCAGCAACGCCUGAACAACAGGAUUGUUUCCAAGUCAGCUGUGAAGGAUGCUUGGAACCAACUUUCAACCAGCAUGUUCGAAAAUCCACUGGGCACCGAAGCCUCCAAAGUUUGCAGCACCCCUCCUGUCAAUAUGAAAGUGAAACUCGUUAACCGAACAGCCUUGCUGGUGACCUGGAAUCAACCAGAGAUUAUCUAUCACCCACCCAUUAUGAACUAUAUGAUUUCCUAUAGUUGGAGUAAAAACGAAGAUGAAAAGGAGAAGACGUUCACUAAGGACAGUGACAAGGACCUGAAAGCCAUCAUUAGCCAUGUCUCACCUGACAUCCUUUAUCUGUUCAGAGUUCAAGCAGUUUGCCGAAAUGACAUGCGCAGUGAUUUUAGCCAGACAAUGCUCUUUCAAGAUAACACAACUCGAAUAUUUGAGGGGACCAGAAUAGUAAAAACAGGAGUGAAUAAUGGGCAGAAUGGAGUGGUUGGAAAGAAAAAGAGAACAAAAGGAAAAAAGAGCCGAGGUAGCAUGUCAGGUACCUCUACUGAUGCUCUUUCUGCUGUGUUUUCUUCUCUUGUUCCCCCUCGUGAUUUCUUCAAGCCGACAGCUUCUCCAGCACCUUCAGCCGACAUGGCUCCCAUCAGUUCUGGUUCUUCUACUUGGACUUCCUCAGGCCUCCCCUUUUCUUUUGUCUCCAUGGCAACGGGGAUGGGGCCUUCCUCUAGUGGGAGUCAGGCUACAGUGGCUUCCGUGGUCACUAGCACCUUACUGGCCGGUCUAGGAUUUAGUAGCAGUGGUAUUUCUUCUUUCCCUAGUACGGUCUGGCCAACCCGGCUCCCGACCUCUGCCUCAACUAAUAAACAGUCGGCCAGGCCAGUGGUGGCUACCACCGAGGCAUUGUCUUCUCCAGCACCAGACAGUGAUUCUGCUCUCACAAAAGACAAUGAAGGAGCUGAGGAUGGAGAGAAAGAUGAAAAAAGUGAAAGCGAGGAUGGCGAAAGAGAGCAUGAGGAAGAGAGAGAAAAGGAUUCUGAGAAAAAAGAAAAAAGUGGUGUGACCGAAGCUGCUGAAACACAAGAUAAUAGUGAAGCUACAAACACCACUCUUUCUCCCAACAGAACUAUGGAGGAGGGAGGAAAUGAAACUAUAUCUGAUCAUGAGCAAAGCCAAAAUAUUGUACCAACAGGUAGGACUCCUGAAAGAGGAGAAGGAGUUACAGGAAUAGACACUGAAUUCAAUAAAGUCAGUUCCACCCAAGUGCCGACACUAUUCAUAAAUGAACAAUAUACUGGUGAGAUUCCAAGAAGACCAGAAACAGCAUCAACAUCUUUACCAAAAGAUAAUAGAUUUAUUACCAUUCAUCCAGCAGACAAGAAUAUUUCCAGCAUGACCAACAGACCCACUCGUGGCAAAAUGGAAUGGAUCAUUCCUCUCAUUGUGGUCUCAGCCUUGACAUUUGUGUGCCUAAUCCUUCUUAUUGCUGUGCUAGUUUACUGGAGAAAAUGUUUCCAGACAGCUCAUUUCUACGUAGAAGACAGCAGUUCUCCUCGGGUGGUACCAAACGAAACCGUCCCCAUUAUUCCCAUCCCAGAUGACAUGGAAGCAAUUCCUGUCAAACAGUUUGUGAAGCAUAUCGGUGAAUUGUAUGCCAACAACCAGCAUGGGUUUUCAGAAGAUUUUGAGGAAGUGCAGCGUUGUACAUCUGACAUGAACAUCACCGCUGAACAUUCCAAUCACCCCGACAACAAGCACAAAAACAGAUACAUCAACAUUUUAGCAUAUGAUCACAGUCGAGUGAAAUUAAGACCUUUACCAGGAAAGGAUUCAAAGCACAGCGAUUAUAUUAAUGCCAAUUAUGUUGAUGGUUACAACAAAGCGAAAGCUUACAUUGCCACCCAGGGCCCUUUAAAGUCAACAUUUGAAGAUUUUUGGAGAAUGAUUUGGGAGCAAAACACUGGAAUUAUCAUCAUGAUUACAAAUCUUGUGGAAAAAGGAAGAAGGAAAUGUGACCAGUAUUGGCCAACUGAAAACAGUGAGGAAUAUGGCCAUAUUAUUGUCACACUGAAGAGCACAAAAGUACAUGCUUGCUACACUGUCCGCCGCUUCACAGUGAGGAAUGCAAAAAUGAAAAAAGGAAAUCCCAAAGGACGUCAAAAUGAAAGGACACUCAUUCAGUACCAUUACACACAGUGGCCUGACAUGGGAGUACCUGAAUAUGCGCUUCCUGUGCUGACAUUUGUAAGAAGAUCCUCUGCAGCCAGAACUGCUGAGAUGGGUCCAGUAAUUGUACAUUGCAGUGCUGGUGUUGGCAGGACUGGUACCUACAUUGUAAUAGACAGCAUGCUGCAACAAAUAAAAGACAAAAGCACAGUUAAUGUCCUGGGUUUCCUGAAACACAUCAGGACACAGCGCAACUACCUCGUCCAGACGGAGGAGCAGUAUGUUUUCAUUCAUGAUGCCUUGUUGGAAGCCAUUCUCGGGAAAGAGACUGAAGUUUCUGCCAAUCAGCUACAUAGCUAUGUCAACAGCAUUCUCAUACCUGGCAUUGGGGGCAAGACUCGACUGGAGAAACAGUUCAAGCUGAUUAUGCAAUGCAAUGCAAAAUAUAUAGAAUGCUUUAGUGCCCAAAAAGAUUGCAACAAAGAGAAGAACAGAAACUCAUCAGUAGUGCCAUCUGAGCGAGCAAGGGUAGGACUAGCACCAUUACCUGGCAUGAAGGGAACUGAUUACAUUAAUGCCUCGUACAUUAUGGGCUACUAUCGGAGCAAUGAGUUUAUCAUAACACAGCAUCCCCUGCCACAUACAACUAAAGACUUCUGGAGAAUGAUCUGGGAUCACAAUGCACAGAUCAUUGUCAUGCUUCCAGAUAACCAGAGUUUAGCAGAAGAUGAGUUUGUAUACUGGCCAAGUCGGGAAGAAUCCAUGAACUGCGAGGCAUUUACCGUCACCCUUAUCAGCAAGGACCAGCUGUGCCUCUCUAAUGAAGAACAGAUCAUCAUCCAUGACUUUAUCCUUGAGGCUACUCAGGAUGAUUAUGUUUUGGAAGUUCGCCACUUUCAGUGCCCCAAAUGGCCAAAUCCGGAUGCCCCAAUCAGCAGUACCUUUGAACUUAUCAAUAUAAUCAAGGAAGAGGCCUUAACAAGAGAUGGCCCAACCAUCAUUCAUGAUGAGUAUGGAGCAGUGGCAGCUGGAACAUUAUGUGCUCUGACUACCCUGUCUCAGCAACUGGAAAAUGAAAAUGCUGUUGAUGUUUUCCAGGUGGCAAAAAUGAUCAAUCUGAUGAGGCCUGGAGUAUUUACAGACAUUGAGCAGUACCAAUUCCUUUACAAAGCAAUGCUAAGCCUGAUCAGCACUAAAGAAAAUGGAAAUGGCGCCAUGGCAAUGGACAAAAAUGGUGUUGUUAUGGCCAGUGAAGAAUCAGAUCCUGCAGAAAGUAUGGAAUCUCUUGUCUAAAAGGAAUACUUAAAGGCACUUAAUUUGUGGAAUUUCUGAAGACUGAACUUUUUGAGGCCUUUUUUGCCAGACUCUAGGUUAUACAAUAACCCAAUUACUUUUUUACACUGAUAAAAAGUUUUGAUAUUUAUUUUUGCCAUUUUACGUCUUAAUGGUAUCCUACUGAGCAUUUGCACCUCUGUUUAUUUCACACAGUGAAACACAAUUUUAUCUAGUUUGCACUAUAUGAUCAGUGUUAACUGCCUAUAGAGAUAUAAUACAAAAGAAAACAAAUCUUGAUGACAUUCCAUGACGACACACUACUUAUUAGUUGAAAUAUCAUGAUGUUUAAUUAAUUCUCAUAAGCCUUGGCUUUACAAUCUUGGAUGCGAGGCCAGAGAAAUAGUUUUGAUUUACAUAAAAAAAAUGCUGUAUCCUUGACCUAUUCCAAUAUUCAUUGUUUAAUUUGCGUACUGUUAUAAUUCUUUUGUUUUCCAGUAACAUGGAUGAGUAGUGUUCUUCAUUUUCUCUCGCAAACUAGUGAUCGCUAGAUAAAUUUUGGAAAGCUGUUGAAAUUCAGUUGAACAGCUGCUCUGCAUUGUCUGGAAUUCCUCUUUUGACUUUACAAAGUUCAAUGGAGUGUUUUCUAUGAAACACAUAAAAUUAUAUUUCCAAAAUGCAAAGCAACUCAGACUUGUGAUUCAAUUUCAGAUCUCGAAUUUAUACUUCCAUUAAUUUCCAAGCAUUUUUAAUCGCAUUCUCAUUUCAAGAAAAUAUUUUGAUCAUAUUUCCACUACGGAUAAUUUAAUUACAGUGCAACAAUGUUCAAUCAGGUCAUUUUAUUCCAAAAGUAUUUAGCAAUAUUUCCAAUUCAUACACUAUUCACAUUUACAUGUAUAGUUCCUUAAGUUUCUGGAACAGAACCUCUGUCUUUACAGUAUGUUAUAUGAUGGAGAAAAGAAUUUCUUAAUUUGAUAGCUGUUAGAUGCCGUUUUUACAGGUGUGUAAUUUUCAUACUCUAGUGCUAAAACGUACUGAUCCAUAUUACUGGUGAAGCGAUCUAAUAAAAAAACUACCUAUAAGAUUACAUUCUUCCUCUUUUUUUAACACAGUUCAUUAGUAUGUACUUCCCAAUUUCAUAAUUUCAUUUUUCGAUACUAUACAUAUUAUUCUACAAAAUAAUCCUAUGUCUACUCAAAAGUAAAUUACACUGAAUCAAUGUAUAUAGGAUUACAACCUUAAUGUUUCGCUCCCUUAAAAGAACCUCUACUCAUUAUCUUUAAUAUUUAAUUUUUUAUUCCAAAUUACUUUAAAAAGUUGCGCUUUCCAAACCAUUUGUGAAGCUCAGUUGAAUAUAUGGUCCCCUUACAAGGCUUUUAUGAGACAAAUUCAUGGAGAAUCAAUGGCUACUCAGUAUGAAGGCUAGAUAUUAUCUCCAGUAUCAGAGGCAAUAGGCUUCUCAGUUUCAAUUACUGGGGGAAAUGAUGGGGACAAUACUAUUUUUGCUUAUAUUCUGCUUCCAGAUGUGACAUUGGUACUGGUGGAAGAGAUAGCCUUUGAUCUUUAUCAGUACUGUUUUCCUAUGUUUUUACAUUGUACAAAUGAGAAUUGAACUAGCUUCUAGUGAAAUACAAUCUUUUUAUAUAAGCUGAAGAUGUAGAGUAACUCAGUAAGAGAUGACAGCAUUAGUUUCAAUAGCUAAAGAAAUCCUCUUUUGCGCUUUUGAUAGCUACUCCUGAGAGUUCCUCAAACAUCAGAAAACAGACAAGUAGAUGUUUUCAGGAAAGCCAUUAGAUUCCACCCAAUGGCUGUCUGGACUAGCUCAAUCAAAAAACAGUUUGCGUGUUCUCUGAAUGAGUGGAGUUUAUUUAUCUUUGUUUCCAAUUCAAACUAGAUAAAAUAAUGUGCUAGCAUAUGAAAGUAACAAGGUAUGAAAUGGUGGAUUGUAACAAACCAAAGUGAAGUUGCCUCAUCUAAAUGUUCUCUCUUGAGCUGUCAAUGUAGGAGUGGCUGCACUUCCAUAGAAAAAUAAUCCAGAAUUAGUCAAAACAAAAAUUUACUAUAAUUUGUAAAAGUAGAUUAAAAACUGGACUCUACAGAACUGGACAGAAAUGGGUUGUCAGAUAUUCUUCCAUUUAAGGCAAAUGUUCCUAGACCAUGGAAGGAAUCACAGAAUCAGUUAUAACUUAGCAUUUUCCUAGGUAUUUGGCUGGCAUAUAGUUAUUAUUUGCCCUAUUGUAUGAAUUCCAAUUCUAAAAUGGUAUAUUCCAAACAUAGGUUUAUUAACUCAGUAAGAACAAGAUCAUUGCAUAUCCUGUACCUUCAUUUCUUCUUAAAAAAAACAUACUUUGAAUAGCUCCUCUAAAGCAUACUGAAAAUUCUGUAAUUUUCAUCUUCCAGAACAUAGUCAGUCCAGUUUUAAUUGCAUUAAAGAGCUCCAACCACUGCUACAAAAAUUACAACAUAGGAUCUGUUAUGCAGUCCUUGCUCUUCUAGUUAUUGCAGUAUAAGGUGGCAUAUCAAUACAUAUUUGCAGAAUAAAACUAUUACUUUGAAAAAUGUUAGUUAACGUAAAUAAAUAUAAUUAGAAUAUUAACUAUUUAUUAAAAAUAAAAUGCACGCAUUCUUAGCAGAUAUAAAUGCCCAUCACUCAUUGAUAAAAUAGUGUUUUGUGACUUUAUAUCCAUUGAAAGCAGACUUAAUCCCCUUUUUAAGGAUUCUAAUAAUGAACAAGUCAGUUUUACAUCAAUUAUCGCCAUUUUUUAAAUAUUUCACAACUAAAUCUCAAGGAACUGGAUAACCUUAAUUCUUAAUUAAGUUGUUGCUACUGUCAUAGAUAUACACACACACACAUACACAGUAAUAUUCUCAAAUCUAAAUACUAUAUGUAUAAAAACAAAACUAUUUCUUAAAAUAUCUUGUCCUUAAAUGUAUUUUUAAAAUGGAAAGAUUUAAUAAAACAGGGAAAAUAUCCAGCAGAGUGAGAGCUACACUAACAUUAUGGCAUAUAAUUGCAAUCAUAAAAAUAAGUGACAUGUAUUGCUGUCCAUUUAAAUUUGCUAUUCAAAUUAUUAAUGUGGGAUUAAAGAAAAUGCUCAAAAUUUGCUAAAUUCCAUUGUGAACCUUUCUUUGAUACAGAGGUAAAUGAAUUACAAGAACCAUACACAUAUCACAGUAAAAGCCUUUUGAUGGCUCCAAUCUUUUCAACUAAGAAGCCACACACAGUCUCAGUUCAUCUACUGCAUUUUCACAAAUUGUACUUUAUCCUAAUACUUUUAUAUGCCAUUUUAUGCCGCAGCCCUCCUAUCUUUUUGUAAGGGCCUAAAGAUGUGGCUGGGCCGGUCAGCUUGGGGCCCCAGGAAGGGAUCAGCGCAAUGGAGGUGGUUGAUUGAGUAAUAACAGAUCCUCCCUCCCUCCCACUUCAUUCCUGCCCUCCUCAUGUGUCUUUGGUUUUAAGGUUUAACUUUUUUGUUUAACUAAGAUAUAAUUGUAGGCCCCCAGAGUAAUCAUAUGGUAAGAUGGGUGGGCAAUACAUUUUAUAAAUAAUAAAAUAAAAUUUGUAUUACAUCUAUUAGGACUAGAGGCACACUGCACAUCAACGACUGCAUUUCAACUGCUAUCAAUGAACAUUGUUCAGAAAAUUGCAACCAUUUAAACACAAUCACAAUUUUAAUUGUUUCCCACCCAAAUUAUGUGUCAAAAAAUAUUGGUUUAACAGGUAAAAAAACAUACAUCUGCUUUCUUUUUCCAUUUUCAGUUGAAUGUUUGAUUUUGAUGGAAAAGGAAUGAACGAGCUCAUAAGCCAGCUUCACUACACUUAAGCCACUAUUUCCUAACUGUAAAUCUGAAUGUGGAUCGUAAGCUUAAAUGAGAUCAGUCUCUACUGAAGCAAGAUGGUUUUCAAAGUCAAUGCCAUUUGCGGUUUUUAUAAUAAUUGUUAUUAAAAUUUACAAAUGCAAAAACAAUGCAAAGUAAGAACAUAGAAAAUAAAAGGCGCGAAGAAAAAAUAGAGUAAAAAAAUUAAAAAGGAUACAUAAAGAAAUGAAUCUCCUCUCUCUCUGUACAAGUACAGAGUACAUAUAACUAAAUCAGAAGAGUGACUUGGUUAGCUUUCUUAUCUUGGAUUUACAAAACAGACAGUAAUUUAUGCUCUGAUAUUUCAGUAAAGGCUCUCCUCUUCCCCCAUCUCAUCUCUUAAGAAAAGACAAAUUAUCAAAUCUUGUCAUUCAGUCCCAAUCAGCAAAAUCCAAUUAAGAACUGCCAGGGAUAAAUAAAAUUUAUAUUUUAACCUUAAUCAAAUAAGUAACAGUGCUCCGUGACAUCAUGCUGGCCACAUGACCAUGGAAAUGUCUUCGGACAACGCUGGGUCAAUGGCCUUGAAACAGAAAUGAGCACCACCCCCUUACAGUCGGCAAUGAUUAGUGGAGUAAAAUCCACAAGGUCUCCUUUACCUUUUUAAUCAAAUAAGUCAACUUUAUAGUCUUUUAACACAGUAACUUAGCAUUUUCUCUAAAAAUAUAACAAAAGAAAUAUUUUUUCAUCUCUUAUCUGUUCUCUGUCAACAAAUCUUUAAAGCUUUGUCAUUUGGUCCUAGUCAAAAAAAAAAAAAUCCAUUAACCUGAAACAAUGUAUAUAGUUUAAACUUGAUCAAAUAAAUCUUAUAUUACUUUUGUUUAUUUUUUAAAAUCUUGAUUUUUAAUCCCUUCAAAUGAUGUCCCUCCAAUUGAUCUAUCAUUUCCUCUUUGUCUCCUCAGAAACUCCUACAUUAGUAUAACUUGUCUGUUUUGUAAAUCCAAGAUAAGAAAGCUAACCAAGUCACUCUUCUGAUUUAAUUAUAUGUACCCUCAUCAGCCAGUUUCAUUUGUAAAUUCAGUGUGGCAUCUUUUUCCAUAUUAUUCUUGCAGUUUGGCAUUUUUAAAUCCACUUUCAGAUGCACAUUCAAAUCAGCUCUCAAUCUCCAUUUUAUCCAGUAAAAUCUGUUCCUCUUCUAUAGCCCCUUUAAAAUCCAUUUUCAUAAUAGACAAUCUUAAGAGUAAUUUCUGAGCGCAUUGUUCCCAAAUAUCCUUGAAUCCUACAUUCAAAUAAUAUUGCUCCAUUUUUUAAUAGGUCUUUUCUCCUUUCAUUGUAAUCUUUAAUUCUCUCUGGCUCCCUCUAGUCAACUUCGAAAGUCCCCUCUUAUCAUGUGUUGGUUUUUUUUUCUUAAUCAGUAACAUUUCCCCACAAUAGAAUUCCUUAGAGUUAGUUUCAAACUCUUCAUAUACAUUUCUAUAAAAUUUUAAACAAUCUACGGGAAAUUAUUUCAAGUCCUUUAAUCUUAUAACUUUCUAAAAUAAAUAUUAUACAGUAAUCACCUUUUGCUAUUUAUUCAAAAAUAAAAAAGAAAUUCAUUGCAAAGUCCUUAACUGUAACGUCAUUCAUGAAGGAUAAAGAAACUCACCCAGUAUAAUGAAACUUGCCUUGUGAAGGUUCUUAACAUCAAAAAAGCCAUUAAUAAACAAUUUUAAAGCAUUUAAGAGAGGAAGUAACUAAAUAACAAGUUGGAAGGGACCUUGGAGGUCUUCUAGUCCUGCAAACCCAGUAUCCAUUUAAAGGCACUGAACCAUGGCAUAAGCAAAUUGACUUUCUCCCAGCUCCUAGAGUACUAAAAUACACCUGAAACUGCUGGCUUAUGGUGUCAGGAGGGAGUCACUGUAUGGAAUACUUGUGGGCAAUCCUGGCCUCUCCUUGCUCCAGAGAGAAAUUCUGAGGAGCCAAUCCAUUCAUCAACUUCUCUUUCUGCCAGCUCUACUCUCCAUGGAGCUGCCUUCAGUCUGCUAUUGCUUCCCCAGAAGUCCAAAGCAAAUAUCAUUUGAACUGAGUGUUUGGUUCUCAUGCAGAAUCUAUUCCAUAGGUGUGUGCCUCCAUUUAACAUGUAAUAACCUUCCACUUAAUAUUCAUUCAUUUUCUUGAUCGUUAAGCUUAAUGUUGCAGGCAAAGAGAUUAACAAUAAUAGAGAAAGAUUCAGGGGAAAGAGGUGCUGUUCAAGAUUAAAUGUAAGAAUGAACUCCACAAAAUAAUUUCACUGUGAUAUGAAAAACUGCACUACUGGGGUUACAUUUCUCAUUUUGUUUUAAAAGACAGUAACAUAAACUCCCAAAAAAGAACUGGAGCAGUAAUAGAAGAAAAAUAGUGAGUGCCUAAUUCAAUUAACAUUUAUAUUUUUGUUAUGCAAAUAGCAGCAUAAAAGCCUGAGCAGGCUCAGAACCAUGAAGGGAUAUGGAAAGUUAUUCUGCAAAUGUCAGAACAACCAUUAAAAUGGGAGUUUGGGAAAUCUUUUUUUUUUUUUUUUUUUUUUAGAAUUAUGGAAGAGUGUAUAGUAAAAACAACCGCUACCAUCUCAUCUCUCUUCGGUGCCAGUUACAUAUGCUUGUUAUUAGGCAUUUAUGUGACAAAAAUAUACAUUCGCAUAAUUAAUAAUUGGAAUCAAUGGAGCAGGUUGAUCAAAAUUUGACUCCCACUAGGUUCAAUUUACUUUAAGCACAACUAACAUCUGGAUUUUGUGGCUUCUCCCAGAUAAAUGUUUAACAGGGUUUAGUCCUUUACUGUUCAUGUUACAAUUAUAUUCUGCCUUGCUCUUCAGGAUAGAUCUUGUACCUGUUUAUAAAAAGAUUAUUGUAGAACUGCUAAUUGAUAUAAGCUAUAAUUGUAAACGAACAAAUAAGUAGCCUCACAAUUCUUAUGAGAUAUUGUCACUCAUCCUUCCUGCUAGAGUCAAGUUCUAUACAUUUGUGGAUGAAAUGAGUUCUAAAUGUUGAUUAAUUUGUAAUCCUGAGUGCUUUAUCUGGAAUUAAGAAAGCAUAGUUAUAACAUGGAUAUUCUCAAAUACAUGACCUUUUUAUGCAUUUGGAUGCUCACCCCAAGGUCUUGGAUUCUUUACAAAAUUCCAGUAUAUUGAAAUAUCUGAGCUCAUUCGCUGUGUACAGUCUAUCUCAAAUAUAUGUUUUAUUUUGUAUUGUUGAAUCCAGCUAAUAUUAGUAGUCCUUUGUAUUAAUUCAUCAAUCAUUCAUCAUGCUUUUUUAUUCUUAAUCAGUUCAGAAUAUAAAUGCAACCACUCUAAUGUAUAUAUUCAUGCCUAUAUACAAGGAAGAGAAUGUAUUCAAAUCUAUUCUAAUUGGGAUUAUAAUGAGAAGAGCAAAUCUUGCUUCCUAAUGCUUCUCAAUUUCUUUAAGCUGAAGAAGACUUAUUGGAAAGUACCAAACUAUUUUCCCUUUUCUUUUUCAUGACACAGCACAAUGAUUUGUUAUAAAUGCCCGUUUUCUUAUAAAGUGCUAUUCUCUUUUAAAAUAGAGCUAUUAGUUUUACCAAAGAAGCUUAAUACAAAUUCCUAGCGAAAAUAAUAGUCCAAUUCUAGGAGAGAAAAAAACAGGAAAUGUUACAAAAUGAAUGGCUUAGCAGCCAUGCUUUCAAAAUUUAUUUUCUUCUGCUACCCAUUCCCAUUAUCGAUGUUCAUGACAGUGAAUUUUAUAUCAACUGGAAAUGCAUUUCUUUUUUGUUACAGGUUUAAUUCUCUACUCUGGCUCGUGCAUCGUUUGAGCUUUCUCUUUUGGUUGCCAUUUUAAACAAUACCAGCUACACCCAUCUGUAGGGCAGGCAUACAAACAGGGGGACAAAGACAGACAAACCACAGUGAAAGUACUUGGCCUCAGACAUUAUAGUUUUAGCUAUUUGACUGUUUUUAGUAUUUUUGUUAGAUAUUUGAAAUGGAACCCUUUUCUACAGAGGAUAAUUAAUUUCAAGAAAAAACGUCUUGAGUUUUAAGAAUAAACACGUCUCCAGAAGAGGAGAUAAUCAAUUUUAUAAAAUGUCACAACUCUCCAACAUUUGGGGUGGUGACUUUUUUUGUUGCUGUUAAACCUUUGAAACUAGCAAGCAGCCAUUGUUUCUAAAGAACUAAGUGUUCAUUCUCUAGCCAUCCUUUUCAUUUCAUUCAUUUUGAAAUAACAGAAAUCAUCACAAGUGUAAAUAUUUUGUUGCUUGAAUAAGCAUCUUCUGGGAACUUUGUAUCAAUGGUAUAUAAUCAUAGAAUUUUAUAUUUUCAUAUAAAGCUAAUUUUUUUCUAGUUUCAACUUCAUUUCUUUCCUUUUGUGGUGGAUAUGUGCAACAUCUUUUAUGUGUACUAAAGUAGUGAAAUGCCAUCACAUUCCAAAAAUGAUUCAACACAGGUUAUUUCUUUGGAACAGUGAUUGUUGAUGCUGGAUUUUCUUUAAUUUCCAUUGUCAGUGUGUGCAAUAGGAAUUAGACUUAACCAGUCACUGGAUAAGUUUAUCUCUUUGACCCAUUGGGGAAAUGUGGUAUUUGGUUUUAGGGAAGUUCUUAAUUUUGAUUUUGUUUUCUUUUUUGUAACUUGAAGAAUUUCCAUUUUGUUAUGUUUAAAAGUAUAUUAAAUCAUUCUAUUAUAGUGUUAUUUAAUAUGUAAAUUGUAUUGCUAUACAUAAAAUAAAGUAUGGUUUUUGAUGUA